AUGGCUCUUGCCCAAAGAGCCAUAUCGGUUAGGAAGUCUGCUGAGUUAAAGACCUGGGGACUAAUCCUCGGCGCUUUAAAAGCCGCCAGAGAGGAAAAGCAGUUUUCCGAUACCGUGCGUGGGCUCCUCGGUCUUGGGCAGGAUCCAGGAAAUUCCUUAGGGGAUUCCUUGGAUCCGGGAGGCCCUGGCAGGCCGGGAGAAAGUGUCUCUUGCAGGAAUCCAGAGGACGGCUUAUCGGUCCAGGAAGCGCCGCCGCUGCCGUUCACCGAUUCCCGUGAUGCGGCUCGGGUCGAGCAGUCGCCGGCCCCGGCCCCGGCGCCGCCGCUGCCGUCGCAGCCGGCCCCGGCCCCGGCGUUGCCGCCAGCGACGGCUUCGGCUCGGCCGCUGGCUCCAGUCCCGGCGCCGGCUCCAGCUUUGCCACAGGUCCGGGCUCCGUUCCUAGCCCCAGAGAGAGCAGACCCCCUCCACAGCGCCGCGGCCAAGAUGGCGCCGGCCACGCCCCUCGCUUCUGCUUCGGGCGCCACCCAACAGAUGCCAAUCACCGCUGAGGAAUGCGCAGGGGGCGUGUCGCAACACCCACCGUCGUCUUCGCCAAUCAUCGCGCGAGAGACUCUCGAGACUCCUCCUCUGUAUCCGCCUCCCUAUCCACGUCAAUCUUUGUACCCUUCGUUGCAUGAUGUUUCAGGGGCGGAGAUCGGAGAAUGUUGUAUCCACCCCCCAAGGGGCGGUCCGUCCGCGCCCCUUGGUCCGCCCGAAGGAGGGGUUACAUCGGAAAAGCCAAUGAUGCAAGGGGGCGGGAUCGAUGGGCGUGCACGGAUCGAGGGGGGAGGAGAGAGUGGGCGUAUUCAAGGCGGGUCCAGUGGGCGUGUUCGGAUUGCUGAUUGGGCCAAGAUAGCAGAAACAUUAGAUGAGAAGGGCCUAUCAGAAGUGGUUCAUGUGUUUCCGGUUGCAAUGCAAGAUGACGGGGAAGCGAGAUGGGUUCCGCUGGAUGCGAAAGGGGUGGCGCGGUUGGUGGAUGCUGUGGAGAAAAAGGGGCUAAGAUCGCCUCUUACUUUAAACGCCCUGGAAUCUUUAACAGCACCGGGACCGUUGCUCCCCCAUGAUAUUGAAAAUCUUAUGCUCAUGAUUCUUGAGCCAGUGCAAUACACCCUCUGGAAGGAGGAGUGGAGCACUCAGCUCAAGACGGUGCUGGCAGCAGCGGAAAAUGAUCUGCUUCACCCUGCGUUUGGUGGUAAUUUACACAGGCUCAUGGGUACCACUCCAGGAAUGGGCGGGACCCCCCAUGGUCAGCUUGCAUUGCUGCGACCGGGUGAAGUGUUAGUAACUUCUGAAGCAGCUAUUGCUGCGUUCAGGAAGUUUGCUCGCACUGCAGCCCCUGCGAGCCCAUGGACAGAGAUAGAGCAGGGCCCAAAUGAAUCGUUUCAGGACUUUGCUAACAGAUUGAUGAAAGCCGUGGAAGGCUCGGACCUACCUAGGGCGGUGCAUAAUCCAGUGAUUGUGGACUGCCUUAGGCAGAAGUCCCAUGAGAGUGUGAGGGAUAUUUUGCGAUCAGCCCCUGGAAAAUUAACUACACCGGCAGAGAUUAUUAAGUAUGUUGUGGAUAAGCAUAAGUCUGCACCUCUGACGAAUGAAGGGCUUGCAGCAGCCAUUGUGGCAGCGACAGGCUUCUCUAGAGGUCCUUGUUAUCGCUGUGGUGAAUACGAUCAUAUUAAGGCACAGUGUGGUGCCAGAAAAAAUAAUGAUGUUAUUUGUCAGCUGUGUGGGAAGAGGGGGCAUACUGCACGGCAGUGCAGAAAGCUGAGAGUUCAGAGUCAGGGAAACGAGAGGGGGAGGGAGCCACGGGCCCGAUGUCCCUCCCGUGUAUCGGAGAACGGGCCUGUGACCAACCCACCAGUGUCGACUCCUCCCCUGAGGUUUCUCUGAUUCCGAAUGAACAGACACUUACCUGGCCGGGUGGGAGGCUUCCUUCCCACCUCCUCGUUUGGAAUGUGCCCUGUUGGGUCUCUAUGCUCAGCAUGCAACUGGGGAGAAUUGCUGAAAACAGUGGCUCUUGGUUCACUAAUGCUGCCUUUUGGCUGCGUGUGUCUUCCACCCAAAGUCACGGAGAAUCAUGGUUGUGUUUCUUGUGGCUGACCUGUCCUGAUUCCCAUCACAGAGAACUGACUGCACGUGGAGAAGAAUCUGGGCUCCGUGUGCUGGUUUGGCACAGAGAGGAAGGAAAAAGGUUGCCACGCUUUGCAUAACACGUAGAUAAAUUCUGCCGACAAGCUGCACGGGGCAGGAGGUCACCCUUCUUCAAGGCUGCAUCACUCUUUGUUUCCAGGCUUCAGCUGGCUGUAAAAAAGAGUGGAGCAGAGGCCGCCUCAGGCAGGAGAGCUGCAGGAGAGUGCGGGAUCAGCAGAGGUGCAGGGGGCUCUGCCAGCAGGCUGCUGCAGAGGCAGGAGACGCUUCCUCCCUCCACGCUGCCGAACCAGGAGCCAGGCACAUGGCAGCAAGAUGGCAAAGAAGCCUUCUGAGCCUUCUGCCAGCGUGCUCCCGCCGUGUGCGGGCAGCUCCAGCAGGAUGAAGAUGACGGGCUGCCGGGAACCAGCUCCUCCAGCCCAGCCCAGCAUUACACUUCCUGUGACGGAAGGCUCUAAGAGCGCACUGCAGGUAGCGGUCGCAGCUGUGCCGAGCUGCAGAUCCCUGCAAAGCCCUUGGGGAGCCUUCGUUUUCCCAUUUCUGCCGGCUCCUUCAGCUCCUCGUCAGGGACCAUGAGGAAGCUGGAGCUCUGCUUUGAGGGAGGAAUUGGAGCUGCAACAAGAGCACUUACCAAGGCCCAGGAUGCCUGCUCUGUCCAAGUGUGGUUCCUGCGAUGCCUGCCAUCUCUGCCAGCCACGCACGGUCCCGGUGCUGAAGCUGGUACCCACACUGCUCCCUCCAACAACAGGAACUCCAUGGGGACAAGGGGAACAGGAGGGCACCUGAAAGGCCUCACCUUUCCCAAAGGGCUUUGGAGAGCCCAUGCCUGCAGCAGGGACCUUAGUGCCAGGAGUUCCGCAAAAGUGGAUGUGCUUGCAGUUGGAGCCAGGGAAUUUUGUACCACGUUACACUGGCAGCCCCAAGGAGGAGAUUAGUGUUCUUCCUCUGAAACAGGAAAUUGUAUCAAUUUUAUUAUGUUCUUCCACUGAAACAGAGGAAAUUGUAUUGGUUUUACUAAUAGCAUUAAGACCACAUUAAACUCCACUGGAACAGC